CUCCUUUACUGCCACACAGGGUUGAAGGUUUGAUGUGUUCAAUCCGGAUUUGAAACACCAAUGAUCCCAAGCCAGCACACCCUCUCAUUAAGAUGGGAAAUGCCUCCGAAACGUAUCUGUUUGUGUCCAGAAUCUCAAAAGAAAAUGACUUCCUCAUGGGGACGCUGUAUACCAUUUUUGGUGUGCUCUCUGUGCUGGGAAACGGGAUCCUGCUGUUCGUGGCCUAUCGAAAAAAGUCCUCCUUGAAGCCAGCAGAGUACUUUGUAGUCAACUUGGCCAUCAGUGACCUGAUGAUGACCAUCUCCCUCUUCCCUAUUGCUGUGCCAUCAGCCUACGCUCAUAAGUGGUUGUAUAAUAAGACCACCUGCACCGUUUACGCCUUCUGCGGCGUUUUGUUUGGCCUGUGCAGUCUGACUAACCUAACCGUGCUGUCCUCUGUCUGCUGGCUCAAGGUCUGCUACCCAUACUACGGCAACAAGUUCUCCUACUGCCACGCCUGCCUGCUGGUCGCUGGGGUCUGGUGCUACGCGGCGGUGUUUGCUGCGGGGCCCCUGUCCGGCUGGGGAAAGUACGGGCCCGAGCCGUACGGUACGGCAUGCUGCAUAGACUGGCAUGCGCCCAGCCACAACUCUUCAGCUAUGAGCUACAUCGUCUGCCUUUUCUUCUUCUGCUACAUUGUUCCCUGCACUGUCAUCUUUCUGUCGUACGCGUUCAUCUUGUUGACGGUCCGCAGUUCCCGCCAGGCAGUGCAACAGCACAUGUCCCCUCAGAACAAGAUCACCAAUGCGCAUGCGCUUAUUGUUAAGCUGUCCGUGGCAGUUUGCUUCGGUUUCCUGACAGCAUGGAGUCCAUAUGCGAUCGUGUCCAUGUGGGCGGCAUUUGGUAACCCCUCGAACGUGCCGCCCAUGGCUUUCGCAAUGGCUGCUAUCUUCGCCAAGUCCUCUACACUUUACAACCCUAUCGUCUAUCUGGUUUUCAAGCCCAACUUCCGCAAGUUCCUCUGUCGCGAUGUAGCCCUGUGCAGAAGGUCGCUCUGCGGGUGUUUGUGUCAGCACAACUCCACCCAGAAGGGAACGUGCAGGCGAACUCACCACAAAGAAGAGUGUAACUCUACGCGCUUUUCCAACGGGCUACUGGAAAACCAUGCCACAUGCAGACACUGCCCUUGCCCUGAGAUUACUGCUACAAGGGAAAACUGUAUCGACUACAGCCCUCAGCAGACUGCCACAAUGCUCCGAGGGUCGCAGCAUAGUGAAGUGGCUGUCAGUCAACUCUCCAAUGAGCAGCAGAGUGACUUCCUCUAGAUCAAACUGGCAAUUAGCAAGCAAGUGGGAAGAAAAGACAGUGGAUGAGAAGAGCAAGUCAGGACUCCAAAGGCCAAAGUUUAAAGAACUUAUUUCACGCCUCAAAUAUAAUAAUACACAGUUCCAGUCAUGCAACGACCAACAUGCAAGCGGAUAAAAGUCAAAUCAGGUACUGUGAACAUGCAACGAUCCGAUCGGAUGACAGAUCAACUUUAAGAGGACUUGUGAAAUGACGAUGAGAUUUAGAGAGAAGAGUUCUCGAUAAACCACCUUUAAUAUAUUUAUUAUGAAUAAUGUAUUUGAUGCUGUUUCGUUUAUAUAUUUAUUGAUGUAUGCCUCAAAUUGGAAGACAUCAUGGUUUGUUUUGAUGUGAAAAGAGGAUUUUUCUUUCAAGGUAUCAACUCAUUUGAGGGAGGGAACCAAACACCCAUAAUUGUUUAUUUGUCAGCAGGUCUCCAGGAAAACAUACUGUAUGUGGUAUUCCUUAUGUACUUGGCAGGAAAAACUCAGGACUUAAAAACGCCACAAUCGGAUUCAGCAGUUAAAUUUUAAAUUUUCUUGAAGAUCAUCAUUUUAAUAAUAAUAAUAAUAAUAAGCUAGAAAUCUUGAAUUGUACAAAAGAUGUAUUGCACUUUGACAAAAAGUAGUUAAUAGUAACAUUCUGACAGAAUUAAUGUUUUGUUUUUCUUGGAAGAAUCACAAAAAUGAAUACAAAGAAAAAGAAUACGUAAUAAUUACUAAUAUUUCUUCCAGUCGCAAUUAAGCCAUUGUGACUUGCAUUUAUUAAUUAUUAUUACUCUUUUAAAUGUUAUGUUGAGCUUUGAUUAGAGAGUGCCGGCUCUGAGCAUGCUGGACAUGUAUGACGAGCGUAAGGGGGGGGUAUGACAACAUAUUUUGGCAUGAAAGAAAUCAAAUCAAAAACAGCAACUAUGCAGCUGUGUGGAGUUUUAAGGAUGAUUUUUUUUGUCUUUUUUCAUAGCUUUGUUGUUUUUUUUAUUUUUUAUUUAAUUUAUUAUUUUAAUACAUCAACUUUCAGGCCUUUGAACAAUAAGAAUUUUAAAAUAAUGUAUUCUGCCAACUAUUGAAAAGUAACAUGAUUUGCUGGCCGUCUAUCCGUUCUCCCAGAUCGACAAAAUUAACCUUGUUUACCUUGAAAUUGUGUUUUACUUUGUGUAAGAGAUAAAAAAAAAACAAAUAAUAAUAAUAAUAAGAUCAUAAACUGUUCCAAAGAACUUUGAAAUAUACUGUAUUGCUUUCAUUAUCAUUUGAUUUUGUGAUCUGAUGCACAAACAAGAACAAUAAAUAUACCACCCCUUGAUUUUCUGUAGCACUUAUCCACAUCAGGGCCACAGUUAAAAGCUGACUUUAGGCCACAUGCACUACGAGAAGUAUUUUUUUCAAGAUAAUAUAAAAAGAGAUAUUCCCUUUGCUUCUAUGCAUGCAAACAGAUUGCUUCCUUUAAUUAUCUCCCUUGGCUCAAAGGAAAGAGUGGAACUCUUGCUAAGUGAUAGGAUUAGCUUAAGAAGUCACGAGAAACAUGAGAAUUACAACUCUUAACAGAAUGUAAUUCAUUUAAGACUAUAUUUAAUUCAUUUAAGACUAUAUAAUGCCCAGAGAAGGUAAUUCAACAUCAGGAGCUCAAAAAAAACAAAUCAACUAUGGAGGAGAAGACUUGCCAACACAAAUCCUGUUUCUUGUUUUCAGGACGGAUUGCACUUUUGUGAUGUUUCCGCUGCGUAUUGACUUGAACUUCAGAACCACUUGACAUUUUUCUCUCUCUGCUUGGAAUUGAAUCGUUUGCUUUUAUUGACUGUUCUCUGGCUUUUCAUGUACUGUACUUCCCUCCUUGGGUGUGUACCCAGUGCACAUUUAUUAUAAAGCACUUUUUUUUUUUCACCUGAACAUAUGAAUUGUUUAUUCUCCUUUGCCAUAACAACUACACAAACUGUGACAUAAAUUUUCUCAUUUCAACUGGCCGCCCUUCAUUGUGUUUACUUGAAACACUCGUCUUGUACUUUCUGUGUUUUGUGCUGUAUUUAUUCUACACAGCAAAUUAGUUUGACUGAGCGGGGGGGAACUGUGGCUGUAUCAAAUGAAACAAAUCAGAGGAAAGAAUCCGUUAUCACAAGGCUCUGUUGUGUGCGGUGAGAUCACGGUACGCCAUUGGCUGACACCUAUGCAUGUGAAUGACUUCACACUUGCAAAUAUAAACAGAAAAAGCUAUGUUUGAUAUGCUGUGACGUUAAGGCUUACCAGAAUGUCAGAUGAUACAAAAUGUAUAUGUCCAUAUUUGUUCUACUGUGCACCUUACAAGAGCAUGCUCCCUGUAGAAUAUAGUAGGAUUUCAUAUAGAAAAUUAAUGCACAGGUUUUUUUUGUACACAUUUGACUGUUUAGGAAUACCUUAAGAUAGAGUUUUUGUCCCGACUCUGUUCAUCUUAGGAAAAAGUGCCUCGCUUUUUUUUGUAUGAAUUCCUACUAAAUUCUCACGAGAUCGCGCGGCUUGUGACAGCAUGUGAUGCAAGGUCACACACUGCUGCAUGUUGAAUCUUUGAAAACACUACUUGGUCGUACUUUGUGUGAAACAAAUGAGGAUUCUUGAUGUUAAGGAGGGAAUGUUCACAAAUGAUGAGAGGAAUUCAAGAUCCAUUUUCUACUCAUCACUCAACCAAAGCUCACGGUCACCUUCGCUUUUCAAUCAUGUGAUCAGUAUUUGGUUGUCCGCCAUGUGGGAGGUCGCGAUAGGGAGGAGGAGCUAAAGUCUUGAAAUGGAAAGACUAGUAGACUGACUCGUGUUCAUUUGAGUUCCUUUGGGUUUUUUUCUGUACAGCCUUAAACAUUUAAUAUCAGCUAUGUUCAAAUCUCCUUAGAUGUUGAUUCCAAAUUGGCGGCAGUAAACGGUGAAAUUAGACUUUAUCCCCCCCCCCCCAAACCCACAUCUGUAGCAGCCACACGCCACACAGUAAUUCACAAUUUUUUCAUUAAAUGUAUCUAUUCAAACACUCAGUAACCACUGGAGCAAAACUGGGCUCUUUUGUUAUAAAUACGUCGGCUGCGUGCGUCUGCGAGAGUACGACCAUCCAGUGUAACCUGCCACCUCUUGCAGAGGCAGAGUUACGCCAUGGAAAUACACAGCCCUAAUUUGUCGACCUCCAACAUGGCAGCGGCGGGCGUGUCCAGAGAUGCGUGAUGUCAUGGGAAAACUGUAAACUUUAACAACAUUCAUAGCAGGACUUGGGUUGUAUGGAUAUAAAAACCACAAAACAUAAGCACUAACUUUUUUUUUUUUUUUAACUUGAAGCUGGAGUUCAGCAGACUUCAGCUUCAUUGACAGCUAUGUGAGUCAAUGAUGGAUUUUGCUCAGCUACAAAUCACCUAAAUUAACCAGUUAUAAUGCGAAGAUAAUUUCACCAUGGGAGAUUUUGUCUAAAACAUAAUUGCCGCAUCUGUUAGUCUGAUUAAUUGUUUUUACCUCUAACAUUUAUCAUUGAAUGUAUCGGUUGUCAAGACUGACUGCUACUUUAUCAACCGAGCUUUUUGUAAUGUCAAUAUUGUGCUGAAAUGUCAAGGGUGCAAAAAUAAAUAAAUAAAUAAAUACAAUUUUAAAAAAAGCAUGAUCCAGGCGCAGCAUCAAAAUGUCGUCUGCUGUUGCACAAACAAGCAGGGUAUUAACAAAAAUAUUCGAUGCUACAAUCAAUACAUUACCUUCGAAAUUCUUCUGUCAAAAAAGUAGUCUAAGGUGCUUGUUGAGCCAAUUUGAGACAGAAAACUAAAAUAUUUUACAGAUUACUCAACUUUAUGUAAGUAUUGUGUUGUGAAUAUGCCAAAAAAUGUAAAAGUACUCCAAUGUAUCAUAUGUGUAUAUGUAAAUACAAAUAUACGGAUAUCUGGAAGCUCAAUUUUUAUGGCAGAAACAAGACAGAAUGUGAUGUGUUGUAAGAACAUUGUUUGUAUAUGGGAAACAAAUGUACAUUGAAAGAAAAUGUUCAUGACAUUAUGAUUAUUGAAAUUAUUGUUGUGAAUAAGUUUCAGUUGCACUGUAAAAAAAAAAUACAUCUUUUUGGUUCUUGUUUUUAAAAAAAAAAAAAGAAAAAGAACAUUUUCAGACGGAUAUACUGCUGUGCUCAUAAAUUUACAUACCCUACAUUUAUAUUAUUUGUCAUGGGAUUCAAAUGAAAUUGUCCAGCAAUUUGGAAUAGCGCAACCAUUAUAUGAAACUUAGUGAUAAGGAAAACAAUGAGAUGGGCACCGUUCAGGGUGAUAUUUGUGUCAUAUUUCCCAAUUCUGCCCAGGUAUGUAAACUUAUGAGCACGACGGUCUCCAAG